CAGUUCAUUGACUUAGUAUCUAAGUGGUGAUGUGAUGUGGGUGUGACAACAGCUAUUGUUCUCUUUAGGUGUGGGCAGUGGACCUGGACCUGAGCUAUAGUAACCAGUUGGCCAUGACCCAGCUGAUGCUCAUGAUGACAGGGGGAAGCCUGGACUGUCGGACCAGUCGUCUGGAGGUCCCCCUCACCAAGCCCUUCCUGCGCCAGAAAGGAUCCAAAGAAACUGCUCUCCCAGCGGUGGCCAGUCGCUAUGCUGUCCUGGGGAGCCGGCUGCUCCACACCAACCUGUCCAUGGUGCACUAUAGUGUCUUCUUCCAGAUGUGCAAGGCUCAAGGCAUCGGCUUCGACAUCAAGGAAAAACAAGGCACGGUCUUUGUUCUCCAUGACAGCUGUGAGCGAUACAGUCUGGGGAUGGUAACCGUCGGUGACGACCUCCAGGGAGCCCUGAUGACCUUCGCUCGUAACCUGUCCGUCAUCCAUCAGGAGAUAUCAGCUCCCAACAUGCAGGGAGAGACUAACUUUAAGGAUCUGAUUAGAGACAUAGAAGAGGUUUUGGGAAUGACAGUCCAGAAUAAAGCCCAGGUGACCGAGGAAGAAGAGAAGACUGCUGCUGUCGCUGUCCGGACUAAACUGGAUCACUGACCCCCUCCCACACACACACACACUACUAGGAUGACUUAGUCACUUUAACGGAAGAAAUGCGACCGUUUUGAUCAGAUCAAUGCCAAUUAUUCCAACUGAUCAUUUCAAACCCUAUUAUCUAUUUCUAUAUGUAUUUCAUAGAGUUUAUCAUACUUACUAGGGACAAAUACAUUAUUCUAUCCUUGGA